AUGUCUGUCACCAGCGGCACGUCCAGCAGGCCUCUGAUCCGCAAGCCGGCCCCCCAUGAGGCCGUCUUCUGUAGCGUCUGCAGCCGGAGAUUCCCCAGCUUCGAGGAGCUGAUGGGACACAAGCGCAUGGCGAUGCUGACCGAAGGAACCCACAUCCACUGCGCCGUGUGCACCCGCGACUUCAACAGCCAGGACGCCUUGAACAAGCAUCUUCUGGAGGCACACCCUCAGGAGCAGAACCUCACCUGUCCCGGCUGUCAGAAGAAGUUUGUCCGGUUGGCUGGGUGGAUGAGACACCUCGAGCUUGACGACUGCCCGGGAAUUCGCCGCGCAGACGUCGACCAGAACCGCGCAAAGAAGCUCACCUUUUCCCAUGAGCUCGAGAAGCGCAGCGGCUCCCAGUUCGGAGACUACUUCCCCGUGUCCCACCCCAGCGUCCAGUCCGCCUUCGAGGCGCAGUCCAACCUCGAUGCCGUAUCCACUGUGGACGCGCAGUCCGAGUUCGACGACAAGGCCUACAUGGCCCAUCCGUCCUUCUUCAAGCCCCAGGACUUUCCCAAUCUGAAGGAUGUCGCUGAGAGCCUGGAGAGCAUCCAGCAGUCGGACGAUGGCAAGAAGACAGUCGUGGACGACGUGAAUAAUCCGUCUCACCGGCUCUUCGAUCCUAGACAGUACUACAACACCCUCACGCGCAAGUACAAGUGUCCGCAGCCGUCCUGCAAGAAGACAUUCCCCAACAGCGGCGCUCUCAUCACCCACAUGAAGUCAGCGGCCUCGCACUACAAUGCCAAGCUGCAGUGCCCCGGCUGUCUGCGCUACUUCAGGGAUGCGUCGUCCUUGACCGCCCACUCCGAGUCGGAGUCGACCCGAUGCAGCAUCCGCAAGUCCGAAAACUACCGCUCCUACCUUGACCAGCUCACCGGAGGUAUGGCGGACCUCGGCGCCAAGCACAAGGACGGUACUGUUAAGUAUGAGGUUAGCACGGAGGCCGUCGUCAAGUUCGCUCCGUCUCGGAUGGCUAGAACGGCCACGGAGGAUUACAUGGCACAGCAGGAGGCCGAUCGUCAGGAGGACUGGGCUCGCAACAAUAUUGUCUGGUAG